UUUUAUGGCAUGCAUAUCAGGAUUAAAAGUUGAUCAGCAUCUUGCAUUAAUUUUCUUAAUAUUGAUCUUUCGGUUUACUUAGUGUCAGGAGAACAAUGGUUGCUGUGCAAUCACUAAGCAGCUUUCACGCUUGCUAUAAUCAGUAAUGAUCUUCGACUUGGAUUGACCACAGAAUAAAUAUGUUAAAGAAAUGUGAUUGAAUUAUCCAAAACAUAAACAAAGUGUUGGGGUCAAAUCUGAUUUUACAAAUACCAAUUCUUGACUGGGAUGGCCCGUCCGAAUGUGAUAUUCAAAUGAACAGUUCACUAUGGGAACUACAGUUGAAAGGGAUCUUAAAACACUUCGAGCAUCAAAGGUAUGCAGGAAUAUAAACACCAUUUCGUUUGGAUGUUUUUAGUAUUUGAUCGAAUUGUAGACAUAUCUGAUAUCGCGCUGUCACAAAAUAGCGAGGCGUUUCAUAUAUGUACGUUUUCGAUUCAGCAUUAGAAUAGUAAAUUGUAAGGGUACAACUAGAUCUAUAUGGUACUAUCUUGAAUAUUAAUACAGUUUGUAUGAUUACUCGUGUUUACAUGUUAUUAAAAUUGUGCAUUUCGAAGAUCAUAAUGUUCUAUUUACUUAUUAACUAUUUUACCCAAUGCACUAUACCAUUACGGUGUACUAUUAUUUUGUAAUUUGACAGUUGUAGUUGGACUGUCAUGGUUUCAAAGAUCUCAUUCCAAGGGGGUGAGAUCCUGGGUAUAUCAACACUGAUACUAACUGGGCUAUCCUGGGUGCUGGAAUGCAUGAAAGUACCACUGCAAACUAUUGGUAGAAACAGUCAAAUAAAAUAAAUUAUAUUAACAUUUGUAAGCUAAAUCCAUCCCAAUUACUGGACAGUCUCACUAAUGGGGCAGCCCUGCUUCCAUAUAAUAUCUUGAUCCUUGGUUUCUUGGAUCUUGUGAUCUUAGGUCAGCAGUGGCGUAGCCAGACCUUCAUUUUGGGGCGGGGGCGAAGCGAACACCAAAGGCGCGAGAUAGUGCAUGCACCCCCGGGAAAAUUUUGAAAUCUAGAGUCCCUAAAAUGCAAUUUCAAGCAUUUUGGGGGUGAAAUCUUGCAGAAUUCCGAAGAUUAUAAAGUACAUCGAAGACAUGAAUUUUCCCAGACAUUUCUAAUUUUCUACUCGGAAUUAAAUAAAUUGGAAAAUUCACCUUGAAAAACAGGAGGAGACCUUAUUUCCCCUCUGUGAUGCUGGGGGAAGAAAAUCCCAAUGUGAUUUUGAUCAGAAAUGUUGCAUUUAAAUCAUUCUAGGUUUUAUGAGACAGCAUUUCCACAUUCUCAAAAUUGCGUUGCUUUUUUAUACGAUACAGAAUAAGUCUGAGAAGAAUAUUCAUGGUGUGAUAUAUAUUAAAUGCAUACAUGUAAAUCUAAACUAAAUCUAUUCUUCUUGGAACCAUAUCUACAACUGCCUAGUCGCUCUAACAAGAUUUUACAAAUCAAGUUCCUCCAGUAUAUUGUCGUUCUCCUCAGUCGAGACAUACUUAAUCAGUUUUAGCUUCGAGGAUGUAACGUGUACCCCCCCCCCAUUUCUCUACGGAUUUAGCCUUUUUCAGAGAAUUUUUUUUUUCGAUUGGGGGGGCGGUCGCCUGGCAUGGGGCAAAAAAUGGGGGCCUGGGGCAAAAAAUGGGGGCCUGGGGCAAAAAAUGACGUUUGGCCCUUGUGAUCAUCAAGUGGCCCUCAUCAAGUGGAACUAAGGUAUGUUAGGAGGGGCAUUCUCCCCUGGAAGAAUUUUAUAAUCUAUGUCUAGUUCACGUUAUUUUGCCUUUGGGGGCCUUCUUUAGCUGGGCCUGGGGCAAAUAUCCCUCCCCCCUCUGGGCUCCCGAAUGAGCUCCCAUCUCUGAUAAGCCCCCACCCUCUCAAAUGUACCUAAAAUAGAGUUCUAAGCUUGUUGAGGCUUGUUUAUCAGCGACAGUGGCCAGAUAAUCCAUGGUAACAUUUUACAAAAAAGGUUGACGUGUCACAUUAAUUUGGUGAUGUUCAGUACUUCGACCCUAUAUCUAUUCUGUGACUUCGAUCUAGAGCUUUGAAUAAUUUUUUGAAAGGCUGUUGAAACUAUGUUAUACACAAAUGUAGUUAAAACGCGUCAAAAAGAAUCAAUUGGGUUGAAAAUUGACUGCCAUCUUUGUGUACAGACUUGCACCGAAGUUAUACACAUCGAAUAUUACCCAAAAAUGUAAUGUUAAGCCCAAGAGGCAAGAGUCUUGAAACCAUAUUCUGUUUAUAACAUAGUUUUAUUAACAGUCUUUUGGAAAUAAAACACUAGUAGUAACGAUAUAUAUAUUUAUUAAAUUAAAUGUUAUUAGAAUUGGAAAUUUAAAAAUCUUUUUUGUAUGUUGAAUUGGGUAGCCCAGAGCCCGGUUGUAUAGCUACGAAUAGUGAAUAGCACUAUCCAAAGGAUAGUGAUUUUUCAAGUUUUUGGAAUUGCCUGCUUCUUGCCAAUAUUGGUAAUGGACUAAUGGUACAGUAUAUAACCCAGAUUAAACUUCAGUAUAUAUAUAUUUAUUAAAGUCUCUUUUUAUUAAAUUAAUAUUUUAUGUCGAGCGCUUUUAACAUGAGCCUCUGGCUCGGAAGAUUGGGCGACCCGCUUCCUGGCCCGCCUAAUAAUGAGUUCAGUAUCCAUAUUUUGAUAGAUUUUCAACCAUUUUUAUUAAUUUAUAACGGUUAAGAUAAUCACUAUCCGAUGACUGUUCGACCUUUGUACAACCGGCCCCUCAACUAUAAAGACCAUAUAAUUACACGAGGCAAUGUUUGCUACAACUUGCAACGCAAUUUCUGAGCCAUGUUAUAUAGACGAUAUUCAAAGCAUGUCCUUCAUUUCACAGAACUUCCUUCAUUUCUUUCAUGUCUGUAUGAUGCUCACAAUUUCAUUAAAUAACAUAUUGUUAUACUGUACCUCUAUGUCGGGAAUUGCGUUGCUAUAGAUGCAGCAAAAUUCGCGUCGCAUAUAGCAACUGCAUAAUUACGUGUACUGGAUUAUGUCCUCAUUUACUCAUGCAAAGAAAUAGACAACUUGCAUGUUAGACUAAUUUUUGAUUUAGGCAAAAAAAAAGCAAAUUUCCGUAAAGAACUUAUUACAAUCAGUAAAAUUGCAAAAUUUGGUUACGAAAUGUAAGUUGUUAAAUACAGAAAAUAUAGCCUUGCGAAUUCAAUUCAAUUCAAUAUUUUAUUAACACUGUUUCAUAUCAUUACAUUUUUUUUUUUAAAAUACAGGAAGAAAAAUAAAGUAUAUUGUAGGAGUUAAAGAUAAUUAAAUCUAUGAAAUUUCAAACCAAAAAAGUAGUAGUGAGCGACAGCCAGAGGAGCAAAGCUUUCGAGCUGGUUGCCGCAAUGUCAGAGUAAUGUAAGCCGAUUUAGCUCUCAAUUUAUUUAGUAUAGAAUAACAAAUAAGCAAUCAAACACAAGAAAAUAAAACUAAUAUAUAAAUAUUCGAGAUAAAGUAGAAGAGAUCUGAAGUAGUAGAUUAUUCCUGAUUAUAAAGUAGAAAGUUUUUAUAUUCCUUUUUGAAAGAAUUAAAAGGGAGUGAUGUAAGGAAAACGGGUAUAGUCUCCCAUAAUUGAGAAGCAAAAAACUUAAAUGAAAAUUUGCCAUAGUUUGUUCUAGCAGCUGGCCGAUAGUAAUUAUCUUGGGAUGCAUACCUUGUAUUAUAAGAAUGCACACUAGAUACAAGUACUAACAGUUCUGAGAAUAGUUCUGGAAUUUCAUUACCUCUGUUCCUUAUUUGACUCACAAAUGUUGCUGUUUUAAAUUUAAUCAAAUUAUCCAGCUUUAAGAUCCCAAGUAAUUUGUAAUAUGGACUCGGAUUCUCACGUCUAUUUGCGGAAAAUAUACACUUAACACAUUUGUUAAGUUUUGAUGAUAACUGAUUUAACUUACUUUUGUAAGUAGUUCCCCAACUCAUUAAGCCGUAGCUCAGAUAUGGAUAGAUAAGAGUGUAAUAAAGAUUAGUUAACAUGUGUAUAUUAAGAUAACGUCGUAGUUGAAAUAAAAUUCCUAUAUUCUUGGCUAUUUUGCUAUUAACAUGUGUGAUUUGAUUAUGCCAUUGAAGAUGCUCGUCAGUAUAAACACCAAGAUAUUUUAUACAACUUGUACGAUCGAGUAAUAUUAGGAAUAUCAAUUAAAGUAUUUCUUCUUGGUCUUGAUGUCAUUAGCAUAUAAUUUGUCUUUUUGAAGUUUAUUGAGAGUUUAUUUGCUGAACAGUACUGAUAUACUUUAAUUAAUUCAUCAUUUAUAACAUUUUGUAGUAUAUUAGGGUUUUUUGAGGAAUAGAAUAUAUUUGUAUCAUCAGCAAAUAUUUUAAAUUGUAAUAUGUCAGAGGAGUUUGGUAAAUCGUUUAUAUAAAGAAGAAAGAGAAGUGGGCCAAGUGUUGACCCUUGUGGUAUACCACAUUUUACUGUUAAUAGAUCUGAUUUGACAUUACCUAUCUGUACAAACGGAGCUCUAUUAUAUAGUUAGAUAGCUUAGAAACCAUUGCAGGGGUAAGCCUCUUAUUCCGUAUUUUUCAAGUUUUCUUAAUAAUAUAUUAUGAUUAACAGUAUCAAACGCUUUUGAAAAGUCUAAGAAAAUUCCACAGGUAUAGAGUUUAUUGUCUAUUGCUGUUUUAAGGUAGUCAGUAAUUUCAAGAAUGGCUUGUUCAGUAGAAUAGCCUUUUCUAAAUCCAAAUUGAAAUUGAUAUAAAAUAUUUUGUUUCUUAACAAAAGACAAUAGUUGAUCAUAAAUUAGACGUUCAAAAACCUUACUAAAGGGAGACAGAAUUGAUAUGGGUCUAUAAUUUCCAGAUUCAGUCAUUACUCCACUUUUGUAAACUGGGGUUACCUUCGAGACUUUCAGUACAUCAGGAACAAUACCAGAGAUAAUGGAUUCAUUAUACAGCAUUGUUAAUGGCACUGAGAGUAAAUGAUGAGCUAAUCUUACCAACUUAUUAGGAAUAUCUAAGGAGACCUUACUGGGAUUAAGUUGUGAAAAGAGUAAAGAUACAUAUUUUCAGUAUGUUUGUAUUACGUGCGGAAAUUGUUACCAUUUUUGAGCCGAAAAUGGUAACAAUUUCCGCACGUAAUACAAAUAUACUGAAAAUAUGUAAACUUCGCAAGGCUAUAUUUUCUGUAAUUUACAACAUUUCGUAACCAAAUUUUGCACUUUUACUGAUUUCAUUAUGUUCUUUUUAAACUGUUGUGUUUGAUUCCCUUCUCUUUACUUAGAUUAAAAUUUAGUCUAACAUGCAAGUUGUCCAUUAAUAGACAGUGAAUUUUAUUGGAAAAAGUGUACGUAGUUAGAAUGUUAUAUAAUAACGUUAAGAAUUUAGCGUUUUCAUUGGUCGAGAGCCAUGAUCUAUUAGAGGACAGACGCACGAAAUUACGUCGCAAAAAAAACCUUGUCCAAUAGCAUUCCCUUAUUUGUAUAGAUCAUGUAGACAUGUACGCGUGAUAUUUGUAAAAUUUCGACUUUUUCAAAUUUCCAAAUGUAAGCUAUUUACCUGUUUGUAAUUCGACUUUAAUUUGUAAUAAAAUUUAUUCGACUUUUGACGACUAUAGAAACUUUAUUAUUUAUUUCACGAGGGAAAACGUAUUAACCAUAAAAGUUAUCUAACAUACGGCCCGACGAUUACCGUAAGAGGCACGAGCAAACUUGCCAUAUGGGAAACCGAGUGCGCGAGUAGCACAUAAAGACGUACCAGCUAAUCCGUUUGAUUCGUGUUUUUUUUUUAUUAUAUAAAACAAAUAGAUAAGAUUUUUCUUUUUAUUAUAAUAUAUAAAACAAAUAGAUAAGAAAGUUAUCUAACAUACGGCCCGACGAUUACCGUAAGAGGCACGAGCAAACUUGCCAUAUGGGAAACCGAGUGCGCGAGUAGCACAUAAAGACGUACCAGCUAAUCCGUUUGAUUCGUGUUUUUUUUUUAUUAUAUAAAACAAAUAGAUAAGAUUUUGUCGUUGUCUGUUCAGUCAUAGAUACACAUGCAUUAUGACAUAAUGUGGGAACAAACAAGGGCGGCUCGUGAGCCACUUUCAGUGAAACAUUUUCAGUAUAGACUAUUUUGAGCUGCGAAGAUUUUGGGCAAAGAUCUGUAGAUAGUGAUGAAAAAUUGAUGACGUCAACUCGAGUCGGAUAAUAUCUUUACGCUAAUUUUAUUUUUAAGUUGAUGUCCACUUGCCCUGAGUAUAAUACAAUGAUGGUUGAACUAGAGAAAUUUCACAAGGAACAAACAAAGAUGAAGGGAAGAAAUGAACGCAGGGAACUUGAUUUAAGGUAUUACUUCUUCAAUUAAGCGACGAAUUAAAGUCGGUUCCCGCUCAUUAAUUCACUAUCGGUAUAAGAGGCGUUAUUAAAAUUAGUUUUUUAUUUUGGCUGUUCUAGGCCAUAUCUUUAUGAUAAUGGUGACACAUAUGAGAAACCUUUUUAUAACAUCCUGCUGAAAUUGCUUUACGACGUUGCAAGGUAAUUGCGCAAACUAUUUAAUAUUUUGUUUCUAUUAUACAGUUGUAUAUUUUGAUGUAGAUUUAACAUUUGUUGAUGACAUUAAUAGAUUAUUCCAGCUAUAUAGACUAAAUUUCGAUCUAGGCAAGAAGAACAAAAUCCAUCACCACAGCUAGAAAGAGCAGGUUAAAAUUAGUAAAAUUGCAAAGUUUGGCCGCGAAAUGUUGUAAAAUGAGGAAAAUAUAGCCAGGAGCAGUUGCGAAAAAUGUAACUAUAGGCCUACUGACAGUCAUCGAACUCUUGCAGCCCUGUAAUUCCGGUGCAGCGCUCUAAUCAGCUGAGCUACAGAGCCCUGCAGUUGUCGAAUUCUAACCGCAAGUUCAUGAUUGUAUACCGGAAAAACUGGACACUGUUUGAUUUCAUGUUAGUCCUAAGUUAGUCCUUUCUGAAUGCAAUGAUCCUGAUUUUAUUGCGAUAGCUUUUAUAGAUUUUACGUCACAUUAAUCAAACAGUGCAGUGUCUAGUUUUUGGGGGACACCCGCGGUAUAUAUUAUCAAGGUGGCGCCAAUGUAAGGUGUAUUGGGUAAAUAUCAGGAUUUGGGGCAUCCGAAUUUUUGGAUAAUUAUUACUUGUUCAAAAGCGAAUAAUAUCUUACCUACGUAAACAACAUCUAGAGAAUUAGUCGAAUUUAUUCACAAAAGUUAUACGACUGCCAUUGCUGUGGCAACAAUGACGUUUCAAUACAAUAUGGCGAUUAUUUUGGCUUUAAAAUAAUUUAACUCGACAACGUCAUCGUAACCCCCAAUUUUAUUUUAUAAAAUGAUUUCUCUUAGCGCAUAUUGAAUUAUUUUGACAAUUUAAAAAAAUUCUGUUGAGGCAAAACGUUUCAAGUUAGGUAAAUGUAAUUAUUCAUAAUAUUUUUUUUGGCUCGACAGAAAUUUUUAAAAUUGUCAAAGUGAUUCAAUAUACUGAAGAGAAACCAUUUUAUGAAAUAAAAAUUCUGGGUUAGCGAUGUCGUUUUCGAGUUAAAUAGACAAUUCCCAUUAUAGACUAAUUUUAAAACUGUAGGCAAGGAGAUGUAAAUAAAUCACAACAGCUAGAAAGAGCAUACUAAAAUGAGUAAAAUUACAAAGUUUGGUUGCGAAAUGUUGUAAAAUGCGGAAAAUAUAGCCUUGCAAAGUUUGCAAAUUUCGUUUACUUUUGUAUUGCGUACGGAAAUUGAUUCCACUUAUUAUAGUAAUUUAGUAUGCUCUUUCUAGCUGUGGUGAUAAUUGUUGAAAAGUGAUGAGUGGAAAGUGUUAAUGCGCGAUUAGAUCCUGUGGCUUUUGCAAUCGAUGGUUAUAGAAAAUGUUUACACAUCGUACUAUGGGCAAAAUUGUCAGUGUUUGUUUAUAUAUCUAUAGCUUUCAAAGUGUGGAGAGACAACAUGAAGAUGUCUUGAAAGUGUAUGAAUGGUUUUUGUCUCAUCAGAAAUUGAUCAGUGAAGACACUGUAAGUCCCCAUAAACCUUCCCACCAUCAAUAAAGUUCAUCUUCUUCAUUUUGUAUAGAUUCGUUUUUAGCUAUAGAGCGAUAAUAGAUAAUCUGAAAGUCACCAAUACUACCAGAUAAUCUGAAAGUCACCAAUGUCAUCUGUGAAUAUAUUGAAAUCUCGAAAGCCAUGUCUCAAGGCAGUAUGUUGUCGGGAGGACUAGUUCUAUUGUUCCCUACAGGCUAUAGUAUACAUUACACUACCGGUUGUCCCAAAAGAGUCCCUCUAUAGAAAUCACUCUUUUGUUGUCGAACGUGCGUUGUUAUACCUCUGGGAGUUUAAAAUAGCUUCUAAAACGAACAGCAACACAAAAAAUGUCAAAUUACGAAUUCGUCUUACCGACAGUUCGAGUAAGAAUGGGUCAACUGACAACAGAGCAACGAGUAUUUGUCGUUACAACUUAUACGUUAACGCAAAGUGUAACGGAAGUGUUAAAUUUUUGAACGAAGGGAAGUUGUAAAUACUUCCGCCGUUCAUAUACAAUUAAAUUGAACUCUCAAGGGUACAAUAACGCACAAGAGUGAUUUCUAAAGCAGAAAAGGGGCACUUUUUUACAGCAGAGGCGUCAAUUAACAAGUCAAUAACAUGUUAUUAUUAUACGAGUGAUUUAUACGCUUUGGUGUUAAUAUGGCUCCUAAAUAGCAAGUUUUACUGUUUAUUCAAACAAAUGUAUUUAAUUUGCCCACAAAGAUAAAAUAAUAAAACUAUUGAAAACCAUGAAGUGUAAAUUACAGGCUCGUAAUUGAGAAUGAAACUAAAUAUUUAACCUUAUUUAUUUAAAGGAUCCUGCAGUUUUUUUCUUAAACCCAUUCUGGUUUUUUUUUCAAGGAUACAAAUGAAAAAGGAAGCGCUAUGGUUGACGUAAAUAAAAGCAUUGAAAUUCCGAAAUUAUACUUACGACCCAAGUCAGCAGAUGGUAACUGCUACCGUGGCUCCCAAACAAGUCACAACAUGAAGUAUCAACGUGAAACUCACUCAAAAUCUGCAUUAGGUUCUUAUGAAAAUGAAAGAAUCAAAAAGGUAAAUUAUGUUAUAAGUAAAAUACAUAAGACAAGUGAUAGCAUUUUGUAAAUAAGAAAAACUUUUAAAAAACGAUCGGAUGACGAAAGCAUGCAUUGAAACGAUAAUAACUGCAUGUUUUGAAUGAAACUUUUGAGUCUUCAAAUCGUCGGAAAUGGCACUUUUGGAGUCUUCUCUACCUGUUUCGUUAGGCUCUUUGUGAGUUUAUGCUAUCCGUGAGUCAGGAUGGAUUAUUAUUAUUAUUAAUUGCCAAAAAUUGGCCCGAUUAGCACAAUUGUAAUCAGACUCUGUAAUUUAAACAAUGAAAUAUAGUCUACAUUCACGUCAUGAUUAAAUAAUGUUGCCCCUGCAGAAGGAAACAGACCACUGUUAUAGGGAUCAUGCAGUACUCGAAGGAAAUUAAGGAAGGAAGAUUAAAUUAGAUCAUAUUAGGUAUAAUUAGAAAACACAUUUCCAACUCGUGCAGUUUUAGCCCGCCUUAAAAAAUUAUUAGAUGCAGAAUAUGAUUGCAUGAUAAAAUAAAUGCAAUUAUAGUAAGUUUGUCACUUUUGUUUUGUGAUAACACCAUUGUUUAUUUAUUUUGAAAAGGGGCUUUCGAUCCGGAAACCAAGAUUGUCAUCAGUGCAAAUAAUGAUUAAUCAUAAUAGUAUAACUGUGUAGGAAGGUCCUUCGCUCAAAUAAUCAAAUAUUUGCCCUUAAACAUAUUUAUACCGACUGGAAUCUGGAAGAAGAAAGCUUGGGAUUGAAUGGGAUUCAACUACCUGAAAAAUGCAAAUAAAAUUUUGACCUUUUGAGCGAAAGCCCUUCAAAUAAACACCAGGUAUAACAUUAAUACAAGUAAAUACUAGGUUUUAACUGGCAUUCUUUGAAUUAACAUUACAGAGAAAAGAUUACAAUCCUUUGGAUAGAAUCUCAGUAUCACUGAAAGUAGUGCCGUUAAAUGGUGGAGCUACUAAAGAGGACUCUGGGUUCACUGAAUAUAUGAACUAUGACAGCCAUUCCAGGUUCAAACAGCGAAAUAUUGCCCCUGCAGUAAGUAUACUGUGUAGCCUGCGCUCCUGCAAUCUCCUACCCACAAUCGUGGACAUAAUUGGUUGAGAUUACCCCACGUUGAAUCAUGUUGCGUUAAGCCCAGGGCAAACUAGGAAAUAUUGUUGCGGAAACAUUGUUUCCUGCCAAUGUUUCGCCAUGUUUCCCAGAGUGGGCAAACACUAGGAAACAUUAGUGAGAAACAUAGGGAAACAUCAAAUGUUUCUGAAUUUGGUAGGAAACAUUUUUGCUUCCCGGGAAGCAAAUUUUGUUUCCGCACAAUGUUUCCACGGGUGGGCAAACAUGGAAACAUUUGAGGAAACAUCGAGAAUCACAAAUGUUUCCGCAACAAUGUUUCCUAGUUUGCCCAGGGCUUUACUUAAGCCCCCGCUCCCCCAACUCAAUGUGGAGCUUGUGUCAUGCUAAAUUACCAAAAGUUGUUUCGGCGUUGUUUACAACAUUGAACUGUGGAAGAGGGGGUGAUUAAAUUUGCUUUGUCAAUGUGCAUUAACUUUGCAAUAUUGGCUAGAAGGUUCUCAAGGGUUGUGUCCAGGAUUGCAGGGAAUGCACUUAACCUGCGAACGGGCAUACCCUGGGUACGAGAUUGGCUUUGCUGGCAUUAAUAUUUGGUAUACCUGUAUCUGUAUAGUGUCUGAGAAUCCGCGACAAAACUCUUUGUGAAUGGUAUAUUUUUCACUCAGAUUGCUAUCCAUAAGCCGAGGAAAUCGUCGUUACCCUCGACGUUUGUGUUAAAACCUUUCAAUCCAACUUCACCACCAGUUUCAUCACCAGUAUCCAGUCCUUCUGUGUCGCCCAGACUUUCCAGACGAAUGCUAUCACCUUCCCAUUCACCGCGAUCAUCUCCAGUCGCAAGGUAUGUGCCGGGAAAUAUCAUGAUAGCAGCAAAGACAGGAAAUACAUCUCCCUUUCCACACUUCUCCCGAUAGUCUUAGCUAGCGAUUUUCUUGUGCAGUAUAUCUAGCCCAAAUAAAUAUGAUUGUGUCCUAGCCACAGCUCUCGGUAAAUAAUAUUUUUAUUUUUUUAAUUACUUCUCUGGAAUCUGGAUUUCCCCCAAUCACUCCUCCCGCACGCGAAUGAAGCUGCCAAAUAAAACGUCGUUUCUAUCAAUGCUAUCGGGAAGAGUAAUAUCUUUUGUGAGAUAGUAAAAUUCGCUUUCACUGUGUUUUUCAUCGUCUGCAGACAUUUUAAUAUUUUAAAAAGUAGCCUUUAAACUCGUCUUUAAAUUUUGAAAAAUAAAAACAUUGGCUCUACGGCUUUAAAUCUCGCGUAGCCAAUCAGAUUGCAGAAAAGCGUAAAAUAUGACUUCAGACCGCAAGAAAAAUAAUAAAAUUAUUUAUUUUGAUAACCACAUUUUAUAUAUAAGUCUGAAACUCGAUCUCGAUUUUUUGGCUUUUCCAUUUCCAGUUGGUUCGGAGAAAUUAAAAAAAAAACUCACAUUAAAAUGCAGUCAACCACAUGUAUACCGUUGUUUUGAUAUCUCUAAAACCCCAGUCAAUUAGGUCACAUAUAGAAACAAGUUGGCGGGCUGUCGCACUUUCUUUUUUCGCAUUUUAUUUUAUCGACACGAAUUUCUUUUAAUAUAGAUUCUGUUCAAACUUACCUAAAUCUCGUUCUGGAAAGAUAACCAAAGGUUCUUCUGACAAACCGUCGCUUGGUGAAUUAUCGGAUUUGGAAGUAGAACACAUGAGUUUGAAAACAGAUACCCGUAGAAACUCAACAAGAAAGAACGAAGAAGAAUAUGACACAGAUAAUAUGGAAACAAGUGAUAUUUCUGACGCAAAUCUAGUAGCUGAUGAAGAGGCUGGUCUGUUCCAAGAUCAGUUGAGACAGCGCUUCCAAAAUGAGAAAAAGAAAAAACAAGUUGAAAUAGUCGAAAAUUUGCAAAAAGAUACUGAAAACUUAGCCCAAGAAGAAGAAAGCCUUCAGUCACAGUUAUUGCGAGAACAUAAACAAUUUUUAAGAGACGAGAAUGAAAUGCAUGCAAAGUCUCGUGCAUCUCGUGCUGCUUCCACUUUACCAACAGUCAAUUUGUAUGAUAUUUCAAGCCACCGGCCAGUUUCUGCUGUAGAAUUUAGGUACGUUUAAAGCUGAUAGUUAUGUUGGAGGGUCCCGAAGGAAGGGUCUAGAUCCUAUUUCCGAGCCCAUUUUGUUUUCUAAACCCCAUUUCACAACCAUUUUUUUUACCAAAUCCAAGUUUCAACUAUAAAUACCUGUCAUUUUCUAUUACAUACUAAGUAAAUCUCUGCCUCACAAUAGCAGAGGACAUUUUUAGACCAACUCUCAAUCAAAAGUUGCUCCAUAGCUUCUCUUGAAGUUAUUCUGAAAUGUCAAAUUGCAACUGUCUUUAUAAUGGUAUAUGGGUUUCCCCAUUCCUGUCCUUGUGUCUGUCAUUCCCAGUAACUCAAAUCCUACUUUCGCAGUCCAAAAAUUGGUCAAUCCUAGUUGCUAUUUCACCCCUUCAUGCAAGAAUUCUAGUGGAUUUAUGUUGUACAGUAGUGGUAUAGAACGAAAUCUAUGAUUGAACUGUGAAAUUAGAUUAUAAUGGACUAAAACAGUCGAAACACCCUAACUUAGAAUUACAUUACUAUAUAUUUCACUAUAAAUAAGGAGAAAAUCUUGUUUUCCCCAGAAAUAAAGAUGUACGUGUUGAAUCUGUCCUUGAUAUGGUGCAACCUGUUAGCGAACAGAUGAAAUACCAACGAGAAAUGCAGGUACAUUGUGUACAAUUACUCCAAACAAUUAAUAUAUAGAAAAAUUAACAAUUAUUGAAUGAAGUUGAUCAUGAUACGAAUAAUUAUCAAGCGUGACGUUUGUGUUGAUGAAAAAGAUAUCCGCACCUGUGGAAUUCGUCGAAAUAAUGGCCAGUUCUUUUUCCCAUUUGCAGAAAAUCUUAAGUACGUUAGGUGUUUCAAAACCUUCCGUGGCUGUUUUCGUUGAUAUUUCUUUAUAUUUUAAAAGUUGUUUCCUUUAAACCUACAAAUACGGCCGAAGGCGGCCAUAUUGUUUUGUUCGUUUUUCCACAUUUCCUAUUCGUAUUCCCGCAGCAUGACAUCAUAACGUUGAAUAUGAUUUUUCAUGAAAAUGACCAAAAAACAACGAAAAUAGUUUUAAAACAAUUUGUAUUUCAGCUCCCGUAAUAGUUAUAAACAUUCAUUAGAAAUAGCUUUAACGAAUACCUCUACACACUGUUAACCCUUUAAGUGGCAAUGCGCCCUACUUUAUUAUUUUACUCUGUCUAACGCCAGACGAUUUUACUUCGGGGGAGAGUGCUGCCACUCAAUGGGUUAAACAAAGCUUUGGCUUUCUUCGUGUUUGGCGAAACCCCAGCGUCGUAUACGAUAAUUUGCUUGUCUGUAACCGGAACAAAACGGGAAGCCGUUUUGUUUUAUCCCGAGGUGAAUAGUGCAAGGAUAUAAGGUCCCACCAAGGGGGGUAUCAUGUGGCAUAAAAACACUCAUAUGAACACAGAAAUAAUUCAUCCCACUCGGGUGAGCAUGCAGGCCCAUUUAUAAAAGUUGUAUAAUAUUUAACAAUUAUUUGCCGAAGACGAGGUGGUUAUCGGGGAAUAUUCACCGAUAAUCACCGAGCCUGAGGCGAAUAAUUGUUUUAGUAUUUUUACACUGAAUUUAUUUUAAUUUCGCUUAUUUCUUUAUCAGUAACUUCCACAAUCCGCCAUUUUGCAAACUAGUUUUUACUGUUAUAUUAAUUAACCUGUUGGUGAAUAUAAGGGAAUAUCACGUCAAAUUUUACCAAUCACCACGUCGGAUUUCUUCACUCACUUGUGUAAAAAUACUAAUUAGUAUUAAUACGUCUUAUUUGUCCUAAAUUAUUUUGAUGUCAUCCAAUAUUUUGAGAGGAUGCAAGGAUUCAUUUUUCGCGUAUUUAUGUCCGAACGCGGAAUUUGUGUUUGUAUAACUAUUCUGAAAAAGUUUCCGUUUCUUUUUCAGAGAAAUGGUGUUAGUAUUUGGGACAUGGAACCAGGAAAUUAUGACCAUGAAUCGCUCCAGUCUUCCCAAAGGCUCCACUCUGCUCCUGCCCGUGCUAUAUUUCAUGGUGGAGUAGACAGGUACAGUAUAAGGCGCAAGUUGUUCUGGCUACUGAACAAAUUCAAGAACAGUAGAGACAGAAAUUUACAUGAUUUAUAUAAUUUGGGUGCACCCACCUGAUCAGGGGCGGGGGGAAGGGCAAUGUACCACUCCGAACCUAUUGUCCACCGUCACCAGUAUAGAUGCCUGUCGUCUAUUAAUAACAGGUCAUAGUUAUUAAGCUCUAGACAAACCAUUUCCCGUUUGAGGUGUUUCAUUAACCCUGGGAAGGAUUUUACAAGAUUGUCUGUGGGUGCAGAUAUAUAUUUUGAGCGUGAUGUCUUGUCGAAGGGUACCAUAAAGCUCUGAUACAGAGUUUUAAAUGGGUUAUUUUGUUUUCUAUUGUAGAAAGUAUGACAACCAGAAGAUUUUAAAGCUUACAGAACCAGACUUGAAUCCUGAGAUGAAAGCCAGCGACUAUACAGUACAUUUCCCACAUCAAUCCAACCGUGAACCACCUGUCAAAGACUUUAAAGUAUCCGGACCCGUGUCACCUGACUCCAUACGUUAUCAGUAAGUAUUCAGCAAGGUGAGCAAGUACUGUACAUGAAUGCGAUUUAGGGGAUGUUUUUUUGAACCCUAUAAAUGAAGGGCUCGCCCUACUAGGCGAGAUAUCGCGUGUUAAUUGAACUCUUUGUUAUUAAAAAUUGUUUUCGCUUAUGCGAGAGGAGGGUCAGCCCUCUUAGGCGAGAUCUCGCUAUUGACCACCCAAGAUCUUGCCUGGUAGGGUUGGAAAUUUUCCAUAUAAACGCAACAGGGAGGGCUGGCCCACAUAGUGCAGUUACAUCCAGUAAAGGUUGAGCGGCCGCGAUUUUUGAUGAACUUUAGAAUUCGCUAAUGCUUUCAUUUUCCCGGGUGUACAUAGCCGAGCGGAAGUAGUACCCUCGUCCCGGGCGUAUAACGUUGGCUCGGGGAAAAGGCAUAUGACAGAUUUUUAUUCAAACAAGAUACUUUUGAUGCCAGUGAUUAGGUGGUUAGAUAACAAACAAUGUUAUUAUUUGUUUGAUAACAAAUAUAUUUUUGUAGGUGGACUGAUGAUGGUUUUGGCAACAGAACGUAUCUUAGAAAACGAAGCCCGGUGUAAGUAUAUAUCCACAUCUGCAAUGCUUUAAAUUUUCCUUCCAAAGAGUCGUCGUCGUUUGAUAUAGCUUAGGAAUGCAAUAACUUAUUAUUUUAUUAUUCAUGUCCCAUGGGAGUUUUCACAUUUGAAAAUGGCAUGGACUUUGUUCAACAUUACUAUUUAUUCAAAAUCAAUAGUCUAACGUCCAAGUAUUAUCAACAUACCUGGAAAAAAAUUCCAGGACUUUCAAGGACUUGCACUAAUUUUUAAGGGCUUUCCAGGCCUGGAAUUCAAGGACUUUCUUACAAGACAACAGUCCCGUUUCUGUGAGCGUGGGUCAGCGCUUUGAUCAAGCUAAUCACUAAGCUACAUAAUCCACUUUCCAAUAAAUUAUCUACCACAGUAUAUGCCAUAUGGACGCAAAAAAUCGAUAAAUCUGAAAUAUUAUAUGAAUUCUUUUUAGAGAAGCGCAACCCCACAAGUCUCCACGAUCUCCUCCACCUGUCCUAAGUAAUGACGUUGCCAUGCUAACGGGAGAACGUAGCUUGGAUAAGAGAACUAUAGCAUCUCUGAUGGUUAUAAGACAUUUAGGAACGAACCGCCGACGUGAAAGGUAACUCGAUCUUGUCUUUUGAAGGGACAAAUCCUACCUGUCUGGUCACUGACACAAACUGAUAUGGCAAUAAAAAAUUAGUUUAUGUCAUCUGAAAGAACUUUUAAAAUUGUGUAGAAAACUAUUUUACCGCUUCUUCAAAUGUUCAGAAUAUUUUGACCGAAAUCAUCAUAAGUCAGUGUGCUGUCUGCCAUUUUUUAUUAUUGUGGAAUGUGGAUAAGCACAUAUGUAACGUUACAAGCAGGGUCAAGCAAAAUAUUUUAUCCCGAUAUGCAGCGAUCAUUAUGACCCCCAACCCUGCUUUUGACAUCUUGGUUUUGGUUACGUCAAAACCAAGAUGGCGGACAGCUCAAGCUUUUCAGUCGAAAUAUUUCAAGAACUAAGCAAGAUAAGAAACAUCAUGCAGUAAAGGGGUUUUAUAAUUUAUAUAAUUUUGAUAAUAUGAAUUUUAUACAUUUAUAUUUCAUUUCAGGGGAAGUGCGCACCUCCCCACACCUCCUCUCAAUGAACUCAGAUAAUAUUUUUUUUGUAUUUAUCAUGUUAGUCUGCAUGCAUUUUCUCAUUGUCAGUUGGUUUAAGUCUUAUCGCUGUAUUUGUUGACAUUUUAUGAUUCUGAUUGUCAGUUGGUUCUCAAAUCUUAUCGCUAUAUACAGAUAUUUUGUAUUGUCUAGUUUCGAACCCGAAUGGGAUUACCCUAAAUUUGUUGUUGAAGAUUCAAUCGAACCUCUUGCUCCCCAUGAUGAUGUUUAUGAAGAUGCGAAGCCAAAACAAAACGUAGAAUAUCUGCCGUUUUGGAGGCAGUUACCACAGAAGAAAGGUGAAGUUUAAUAUUGGAAGUGUCAAAAAUAAAUGGAAUCCGAUCACUUAAUGAACGCCUGAUAUUUCAGGCUACCUGAUGAAAAAUUCGUUCAUGAAAGCCCAAAUCGGGAUUGAAAAUCGUAGCCGAUAACGACAUAGAAUUAUACUCAAGGUUGAAUGAACGAACGAAUGAAUGAAUGAACGAAUGAAAAACUGUUUCAAGAGGGUAGCACAUAAUAGUGAAUUCACACUAACAAACCUGUGGUACAAUUGGGUCUUAUGGAUGUUUUCUUAACUAUAUGUAGGUUUGACAAUUGUUAACAUCCCUGACGAGACUGAACUAAAUCCUCCCAUCAACACUGGCUCAAAGAAGAUCACAUUAGACGAAAACCGAAACACUGUCAAGGACGCACCAAGUUCCCCUAGUUCGGCUCAAAACAUCAUGAAUGAAAUGUUUUCCUGUCUAACACCACAAAGAAGAAAUCUUAGAAAUAGUUUCGACUCUAGUUCUCUCAGUGUCAGCGCACGAUCCAUAUCACCGGAACCAAGAAGGCCACCGGCUUAUAAGCCUGAAUCACGUGAUCUGAGACCCAGCCCCACCCCGGUUCAUAGUCGACCUACGUCAGCAAGACGAUCAGACAAAGAAAAUAUUCCACCUGCGAACUUUUCAGUGAAACAUUUCUCACAUUUCUGCUUUGAUGAUGAUGUAUGUAUAUUACUAUGUUCACCAUUCUAGAAGAUUUGAAAAUCGGACGUUGUAUUAUAAAACGCUUCGUUUGAGUUUUUGACCCAAAGAUGAAGUAACAUGGUAUAGAAUGGUAAUCCUAUCCCCGUAGAAUGGAGUUGAGAACAUGAGAACAUGUUUAGAACAUGAGGGGCCGUCUUGUAUUGACUAGUUAAACAAUGCGUUAGUUCGCAUUCAGUGUACUCUUCCAGAGAAAGCACAGAAACUUUUGCUAAUUUUUCCUUGAACUAUUUCUAUAGUAGUACAUAUUAAUACGUUGGUCAUGAAUUUCACGGAUAUUAUAGGUAGCUUUCAUCAUGCUCUAGUUCAGUGCAAAUGGAAGGCAUUUAAGUAAAAGAAUGUCAUUAGAAUGUCAUUAGAAUCUCAUUCUUUGACCUACAUCCGUCUUUGUGUUAAAGUCUCGUGGGAUUGCUUGACGCCUUGCAGCCGGCUAUAACGGCAUUCUGCUCAUUGCUCGAUUGCCUCUCACUAGUAUCGCUUCAUUUUAGUUGGAACUUAUGGAUGAUUACAAACGUCAACGUGAAGUUUGGGCUGCAAUCAACAUUCAGAGGUACUAUUUUUUAAUCAGUUCAGCGCAGGGAGUCAGGGACCCUGGUUAUUUAUCCACCUAACAUAGUCUGGUUAAUUCAACCAGGACAUCCUGGUCAAAUAUAACCAGAUUGCUGGUACAUUCACCAGACUAUGGUAGAAAGUGGUUCACUUAUUGCAUUCAAUUCAAGGUUCAUCGACGCGCUUUUGCCUAUAAGAAGGCAGUAAAAAAGUACUGGUAGUACUAUACGCUUUUGCAACCUGAAACAUACCUAAUUUUAGUGUGCAAUGAUAACAAAUUAAAAUAAAUAAAAAUAUUUAAACGAUUAAUGUAUGCAAUGAAAGCGAUCAAAUCCGUUUCUUUAAUUCGGUUGCAAACUAUUUUCUAUUUUUCUCUGACAAAAAUCCCUGAUUGGGUUAAAAGUCCCUGUCAUGGAUUGCUUUUUGUGGCAGCCAUGGUUAUAUUUCCAGUCAAUCUAAAGGGGUCGUCUGUACUCUGUAAAAUGUCGUCCCUGGGGGUACCCGGUACCAGUAAUCUCGAGCUCCGCCGACUGGCAGACGCUCUUUUAUAAUUUUGUGGUAGUGCCAUGUUUCUGUUUCAGAUACGGUUAAUUUUCUGGUGAUACCCUUUAUAAGAUUUUUUCAGGAUUUUCAGUUAUAUUUGUAGCAUUACCUGAUAAUUAUGAUCGCGAGUACAUCCAUCCUUGUAUGGCUAUCUACAGGGUGUCUAAACAAAAAACGCUACGGAAAUUCAACAGGCUGUUGUGCAUCACAAACUUAACUAAAGGGCAAUUCAAUUUUUACAUAGGAUGAAAGAGCUGUUAUUUAGCUUUUCUAUGAUAUAUUUCUUAAACCGUAACGAUGAGAAAUGGCUAUAUACUCGUCAAAUAAAAAAUUUCGGUCAAAAUCACAUUCUUCCACCGCUGGGAAUUGAAAAUAUUAAAAAUGCAAAAUUAAUCAAUCCAAAAGCACCGCGAGUCUGCUGCAAGGUACUUGUUUCGUAAAACGUUUUCAUUACGAAUGUUCUCUGUUCAGGGGUUAAUUGAACAGUGUUUAAUGCAAUAAUGGACGUUCUUAUGGUCUCACUAAUAGGCCGUGGGCCGUUGUGCGAAAAAGUGCUUGGAAAAGCAAUUUCGUGGCAACCCCCUGGGGAAUAGAUUUUCUGUGGUUCAAUGCACAGUGCCAUAGAUGCUCAAUUACCACAAAAAGUUCCCAAGCAAAAACUUGUCAAACACCGAGAAAAUGGGUGAUCUGUGAUUAUCCUCUAUUAAAUUGUAUUAAGUAAAAAAAUGUGAAAUUUUGUAUUCAAUUACAACAAAAAUGGAAACCAUCAUCGGAAAGCUUACAAAAAACUGGAUAUAAGACAUUUAAACAGUUUUUUUAUAUCUCAAAUUGUUUUCGAGUUAUACGCUGUCAAAGACGCGUUUUUGACCUAGUACCCAGUCCUUAUUGCGACAUUUUGGUCCAAUUUUCACAUUUAAAACAGCAAUAACUCGACUAUUUGAAGGAUCAAAAAACUGUUUGAAUGUCUUAUAUGCGGUUUUUUGUAAGCUUUCUGAUGAUGCAAGUCAUUUUUGUUGUAAUUGAAUAUAAAAUUUCACAUUUUCUUGCUGUAAUACAAUUUAAUAGGGGAUAAUCACUGAUCACCCAUUUUCUCGGUGUUUGGCAAGUUUUUUACUUGGGAACUUUUUGUGGUAGUCGAGUAUCCAUGGUACUACGCAUUGAACCACAGAAAAUCUAUUCCCCAAGGGGUUGCCAUGAGUUGAGCUUAUUUUAGAUAAUUUAACAUUCAAUUUUAAUUCCCUUUUGGGAAUUGUUUAUGUUUCGUUUUCCAUGCGAUUCCCAACGGUGGAAGAAUGUGAUUUCGACCGGCAAUUUCUAUUUGACGAGUAUGUGGCCAUUUCUCAUCGUUACGAUUUAAAAAGAGUAUCAUUCAAAAGCCAAAUAACUGUUCUUUCGUCCUAUGUAAAAAUUGGAUUGUUUAGCCACGUUUGUGAUGCACGACAGCCUGUUGAAUUUCCAUAGCGUUUUUUUAGACACCCUGUAGAGCAUGGCUAUAUAGAGCCUCGUUUUCCAAUAUUUGACAUUGGUUAAAGCCCACCGUCUCGAUCACGAAAACGAGGCUCUAUGAACCAAGGUGACGUACUCCCAUACCCUGGGUACGAGGUUGACGUACUCCCUUCCAAAUCGUUUUAGAUAUAUGCUUGACAACAAUAAACUUUUAUUUUUUGAAGAAUAUUCCGGGGUCAUAUGGCUCGACAAUACGCCACUUCCCUGAAGCAAUCUGAGAAAGAACGGCAACGAAAAGCAGCAGUUGCUUUGCAGAGGUGAUUUAUUAUCUUUUACAUUUGUUUUUGCAGUGCUCAAGCGUUCACCUUGGGCAAAAAUUGUCGGAAAUUUGAUGUGAUUGUCAGAAAUGAAAUGUGCACGUGUACGCUUCGCCAAUACAAAUAUGACCUUUGAUAUUUUAGUACAAAUGAUAGCUGUGUGUCUGUGACCUUUGUUCCGUAUUCAAAUCGAUUGUCAUAUAAAUUAGACUAAAUUUGUUAGAUAAAAUGGAGAGCAUUGCCCCAUUAACUUAAAUUUAUAAUAUAUUUAUAUUAGCUGAAUACUGCAUGUAGGUUUUUCCUCGAUGUUCUUAAAAUUUUUACACAUAAUAUUUUUUCUUUUGUAGUACAUUCCGUGGUUAUUUGGCGCGAAAGAAAUUAAUGAAACAGAACUUGUUGAAUUAUAAGCCAGGUGUUCGAAACUUGCAAUGGGCAAGGGAGUACAAGGAAAAACUAAAAGCAAAAGAAGUUUCGAGACAUCGAAGAAAUCAAGGAAUUUUGCGACAGUAAGUGGAAUGUUAGAGGUUGUGUUUAUAUGGAAGCCGGACUGGCCCGCUUAACGAGGGAGCCCGCGGUAAGCCAGAUCUCAAGGCUCUUUUCCACUCAUCGCAAAAACAGCUCGCAGCAAGCUUGCGAGUCGCAGGUC